AAUCAAUAAUUUAAGGAUGGCUUGCAAUGAAGGAAAACAGUUCAAAAACAAAGCACCGGAAUGUGACAAAUUGGACUGUUGGUGUUUUCCGGAACCAUAUGCCGAACAAAAGGUAACAGUCAAAAAUAAAAAAUAUUGCUGGCUAUAUCCUCAAGGCGAUGCAAAGAAGUUAAACCAAAUCAAACCAAAUUUUGAACAUUGUGAAACUCUUUAUACAUUAUGUGACUACAGACUGGAAAAUUACGUAUUUAAGCAAUUACUACUGAUCGAAAUUCAAAUACGGAAUUAUGCAAAAAAAUUAGCUAAGGAAAUGCGUUUUCAACGUAAAAUAUUAGAAGAUAUGUGGCGAUUGUCGGAAAAGUUUUUACUAUUAUCGCAGUACUCAUGCUGUGUAAAAACAUAUCCUGAGAUUGUAUCUUUACCGGCAGAAAACUAUGUGAGGUGUAAAUUUCAAAAAAAAUUGAAGGCGAUAAAUUUAUCAAUUUGCCGCCUUGUUUCGUCCUUAGAUGCAAUUCGAACAUCUAUUAGAAAAUUGAAUACGGUAUGUGCUCAAAUGGAUAUGACUGUACAAAGUCCAUUUAUGCUCGGGGAUCAUAACAUUCGUCCUUUAUCGUACUAUCGGAAGUUAGUUGAUGAUACAUUUGAAUAUUUCCAUGAUAUGCUGUGCAGCUUAAAAAGUUGGACCCAAUUACUUGAUGUCGGCGAUGCAAAUACCAUUCACGAUUUCCACGGCAUUUUAGACCCAGCAAAAAAAUAUUCUGAAUUCAUGAACAUUGGAAAAGUCGAUUGUACGUGCAUGCGAACAAGAAACACAGAGGGCAUUAUGAAUUUUGUUAAUAAAUGCAAUUAAUUGCGUACCACGUUGAUUGUCAAUAAAAUAACUUUUAUCUGAA